GCACUGGAAGGAUUUGUCAGUGUACUGAAACGAUGUAGGACCGAGAAGAUCAUUUGUUGCUAUGAAGUACGCGAUAUCGGAGAACCGGCGAUCGCCCAGCAGCGAUUUCUGGAAUUGAUCACUGGCCAUUUCGAUGUUAGUGUUGUGCCAGAUUCGGAGCUCGAUGAGCAGUACAGUUCCCCCGAUAUCAAAGUUUUGAAUUUAAUUCCAAAUGGAAUUGUUUUUGUAUAUUUUCGCGCAUGCUUGAAAGGAUGGAGCAAGUUACUUGUACGAAAUCUUCGGAUUCGGCUCAAACAGAGCCUGGAUGAUCCGACAUUGGACCCGCUGUAUCGUGAUCUUCAACCUCACAUUCAACUGCAGAAUAAGUUGUGUUUGGAGGGUGGUGUUGAUCAUCAAUUGGAAAUUUUGGUACUUUUCGUGCAGUAA